UUUCUUAAAAUAACUUAUAAAUAGUUUUCCCAAACACAUCUAGUUCAUAAGCUAAUUUGAUAAGCUUAUUGAAUUAAGCUUAAAAUAGGUUGUAGAUAGGUAUACAUGUUUAUUCAUAAGAUGAUUUAAGUAGUUUAUAAAAGUAAGCUUGAAUAAGCUCUAAUUCAAACGGGUAGUCAAUCAAGUUUACAAUUAAAACCAGUAAGAAGCUCACCAGAUUCCAGUAGCACUGGUUUGCAACUGAAUGCUGUGAAUAACACCAAGUACAAGUGAAUUCCUACUAUUUUUUGCCAUUUUAAUAAUUCAUGGUAAUGGUAUGAUUGGAAUUGUUUAGUUUACCAUAAGUUUUGGGUGAAUUGCACUUACCUCCUUUGAGGUUUUGCAUUGUCUCCCCCUAUAUUAUUUAACAAGACAAUAACCACAAUUAUUUUAUUGGAACAUUCUAACCUCCCUUGAAAUUUAGCAUAAUUGCAUCGCUACUGCAUUGUCUGUCUUAGGUACCUGGAAGUGAACUAUAUUCGGAAGUGUCUGUUCAAAGUUGAGAGCUAUAGCACAUGUUUAUAAAAGCUAAGCCUAACAAAAUCACUUAGAAGUAAUUGACUAUGACAGUUUGAUGCAAGCAAAAUGCAAUUAAUACAUGUGACAAAUUAUAUGUGAUCAGAAACUCCAAUCUGCAAUUGCAUAGUCCAACAUUUCCUCUACAAACUGUUAGGGAAGAUAGACAGGCAAGAGCAGAUUGAUCAAACAUCUUUGAUGCAUUAACUACAAGACAGAACAUGAUCUUUGACACUGUCUAUGCCUAGAGCCGGCUAGUGCAUGCGUCCAUUAUUCUAAGGGAAAACUAAAGCGAUAUAAACCUUCUUAUCUCAGUUUAAUAAUCCUCGACAACUUUGCCAUCUCCGUCCACUUACUCUGAUUGUCAUCUAAGCGAAGAUAAAGAUGUCAUGGGAACAUUUAAUAUGAAGAAAAUAGGGAGAUAGAAAAUGUGCAUAAGCUAGGAGUGGGAAAAAGAUAUGAAAAAAGUACCACCAGUUUAACAUCAUUCUUUUUGUCUGAUCAGUACCUCGUGAAAGCAUUACGGCAUUGUCCAGUUGCAAGUAAUUAAUCCAAUUCAACAAGUCUUGUGCUCAUCGAUCGUCCUGUCCAGUGUCUCAAUCUUGGAGACUUUGGUGUCAACAAAAAACAACACCACCCUUCACUAUGUCAAUUCACCAUAUACAUAUAUAACACCCUAUAUUUUUCUCUUGUUAUAUUUCAUCUUCAUAUAAUCAUAUCCACAAUAGUUCAAUAUAUAUUAUCUUCUUUCAACCUAGCUCAAUGCAGAGUGCAGGGUAUGGUAGUGACGGAAUAUAUAGGUCACUAAGGCCUUCUCUGUUGCUACCAAAGGACCAAAAUCUCUCACUAGUCUCAUUCCUCUUCAACAAUGUCACCUCUUUCCCUAACAAACCCGCUCUCAUUGAUGCUGAUUCCGCCAAAACCAUCACCUUCUCCCAACUCAAAUCCAUAGUUGCCAGGCUUGCCGGUAGUUUCCUCCGACUCGGUCUCGCUAAAAACGAUGUCGUCCUCCUCUUCGCCCCUAACAACAUCUACUUCCCCAUCUGCUUCCUUGCUGCCACGGCCAUUGGCGCCGUCGCCUCCACCGCUAACCCCCUCUACACUAUUGCUGAACUCUCCAGACAAAUCAAGGAUUCUAACCCCAAGCUUGUCAUCACUGUCCGUGAAUUAUGGGACAAAGUGAAAGGCUUCAACUUCAAACUCCCCACAGUGAUCAUCGGUUCAGAUGAUGCCACCAUUGCCACGAGUUCAAAGACCUUAAGCUUCAAUGCGUUAAUGGAAAUGGCAGAGCCAGCUAAAGAGUUGCCACAAAACAACGUGAAGCAGAGCGAUACUGCGACAAUUCUAUACUCUUCUGGGACUACAGGGGUGAGCAAAGGCGUGCUACUAACACAUGGAAACUUCAUCGCGGUGUCGCUAAUGGUAGGAAUGGACGAUGAUUUGGCAGGUGAGUCAGAGGGCGUGUUCCUCUGCGUUCUGCCAAUGUUUCACUUGUUCGGGAUCGCACUCGUCUCGUACGCGUCGCUCCGGCGGGGGAAUGCGGUGGUGUCAAUGGGAAGGUUUGAGAUUGAGGCGCUUCUAAGGGCUGUUGAGAAGUACAAGGUGACUGAUAUGUGGCUUGUUCCUCCUAUCGUGCUUGCUCUGGUGAAACUGAAACAGAGUGUGGUUGGUAACUAUGAUCUUUCAUCGUUGAAGUAUGUUGGUUCUGGUGCUGCUCCUCUUGGGAAAGAGUUGAUGCAGGAGUGUGCCAUUCGAUUUCCUCAUGUUACUGUUUAUCAGGGCUAUGGUAUGACAGAAACUAGUGGCAUUAUUUCUAUGGAGAAUCCAAGAGAAGGGGUUCGUCAUAGUGGCUCAACUGGAUUGCUGGCUGCAGGAAUUGAAGCUCAAAUAGUGAGUGUGGAGACACAAAGGUCACUCCCUCCUAGACAGAUGGGGGAAAUAUGGGUACGAGGUCCUAACAUGAUGCAAGGUUAUCAUAACAAUCCAGAAGCCACAAGAUUGACUAUAGAUAAUAAUGGAUGGUUACAUUCAGGAGAUCUUGGAUAUUUUGAUGAGGAUGGUCAACUAUAUAUUGUGGACCGUAUUAAAGAAUUGAUCAAGUAUAAAGGUCUUCAGGUUGCACCAGCAGAACUUGAAGGGCUUCUCGUUUCUCACCCUGAAAUACUAGAUGCUGUUGUUGUCCCAUAUCCAGAUGAUGAGGCCGGUGAGGUUCCAAUUGCCUACGUUGUUCGUUCGCCCAACAACUCAUUGAAAGAGGAAGAAGUUAAAAAGUUUAUUGCUAAUCAGGUAGCACCUUACAAAAAAUUGCGGAGGGUGACAUUCAUCAGCAGUGUUCCUAAGACAGCUUCUGGAAAAAUUCUCAGAAGAGAGCUAAUUGCAAAAGCACGAUCCAAAAUAUAAGAAGCUAUGAUUUUUUUAUUUCUCUUCAACAAUUCUGUGAUAGAAUUGUUAAUCGAUCCUGUAUUGAUUGUUAAUUAAAUCUCUCAAAAUGGGUAUUUCCAACCAAACAGGAUGCAAGUGGUAGUGCAGUCAUAUAUAAAUGAAAAUACUGAGGGAAGGGAUUGGCUUCAAAUAUAUUUUCUCUUGGUUUUUGAAUCUUAGGAUAAUCACGACAGUAAUAAUAUACUUUGAUCUUGAUCCAUACAAGAUGGAUGUAAAAACAACAUUUCAAAAUAAUCACCUUCAAUUUUCACUUA